UCCCGUCCCGCAAGAAAAAAAAAUACUCAUCAGUCUCUUAAAAGAGCAAUACGAAACCAAAAGCAAAGAAGCAAAGUCUCACACUUUGGCAGAGAAAAAACAAAACCAAAAACCUAAAAACCCAAAAUUCAAAAUGGAUGUAAUUAAAACCCAGCAAAUUUCAUCUCGACCCAUAGAGAAGGUAAUAGUUCAUCCUUUGGUUCUUUUAAGUAUCGUCGAUAACUACAAUCGCGUCGCGAAAGACACGCGCAAGCGCGUCGUCGGAGUCCUCCUUGGUUCUUCCUUCAAAGGCACCGUCGAUGUCUCCAACAGCUACGCAGUGCCUUUCGAGGAAGAUGAGAAGGACCCGAGCAUAUGGUUUCUUGACCACAACUACCAUGAAUCAAUGUUUUCGAUGUUCAAGAGGAUUAAUGCCAAGGAGCAUGUUGUUGGUUGGUAUAGUACCGGCCCAAAGUUACGGGAAAAUGACCUAGACAUUCAUAGAUUGUUCCACAACUAUGUCCCGAAUCCUGUCUUGGUCAUCAUCGAUGUCCAACCUAAGGAGUUGGGGAUCCCUACUAAGGCCUACUAUGAUGUUGAAGAGGUUAAGGAGAAUGCCACUCAAAAGAGCCAAAAGAUUUUCGUUCAUGUUCCUUCGGAAAUUGCUGCUCAUGAAGUUGAAGAGAUCGGAGUUGAACACUUGCUAAGGGAUGUAAAAGAUACAACCAUUAGUACACUCGCAACUGAGGUAACUGGAAAACUCACAGCUUUGAAGGGUUUAGAUGCAAGGUUAAAAGAGAUACGUUCUUACCUUGACCUCGUUAUCGAUGAGAAGCUUCCACUGAAUCAUGAAAUACUGUACCAUUUACAGGAUGUGUUCAACUUGCUGCCAAACCUAAACGUAAAUGACCUAAUCAAGGCUUUUGCAGUAAAAACCAAUGAUAUGAUGUUGGUUAUAUAUUUGUCAUCUCUCAUCCGAAGUGUCAUUGCGCUCCAUAAUUUGAUCAAUAACAAGAUGUUAAACAAAGAACAUGAGAAGGCUGAAGAUGCUAAGCCAACAACUGUCCCGGCUACGAGUUGAAUCUGAACAUCGAGUCCUAAUCAUGUCAAAAACUUGAGCAUAGGGUGCUAUUAACUUCCAUAGGAUCCUCUAUUCUUGAGAUUUUGUAUUCUUCAUAGCUCAAUCAGAAGAUAUCAGUAGGCUUCAAAUUUGAGAGUUUUUCUCUUUGUUUUUCAUACACUAUACACUGUAUUAAUGAAGUGCAUCCCCAUUAAGCAUCAUGUUAUGCUGAAUUAAUCAUUUGAGUGUUGGACACUGCUUUUACAGCUAUGUGUUUUCUUCUUGUGGUUUGCUAUGAAAAAGCCUUUAUUUGCAUUUUUCUUUA